UAGAUACUGGAAAAGUCAAGUAAUAGUUAGAUGAGUGGAGGACUUUUGGAAAAGUGAGGGAACAAAUUUCCUGUCUGACCUUGCCAGGAGAUUAUAAAAAGUCUGGAGAACCCAUGGUGGAAUAAGAUCUGUGCUUGGAGGUGACAUCAGGAUGUCGACGCCGCCGUCAGAAAACAGCUCUGAAGAUGAUUACAACCGCAGCUUCUGGAUGCCUGGGAACUAUCAGCGCACUGUGAAGCGAACAGAGGACUCCUUCCAGGCCUGUAAUGACAUCGUGGCAUGUUUCCAAGAGAGAGCUCGCGUGGAGAGGCAGUACGCCCAGCAGCUCAGCGAAUGGAGCAACAAGUGGAAGCCAGUAGUGGACUCCAGUCCACUGUACGGAUCUCUCCUGAAGGCUUGGCACUGCUUUCUGUCCUCCGCUGAUCGGCUGGCCUCCUUACACGCCUCCAUCUGUCGCUCCCUGGUGUCGGAGGAUGGAGACCGGGUCAGGACCUGGCAGAAGGACACGUUCCACAAGAAGUUAUUUGGAGGCUUCAAAGAGUCCCAGGACACUGAGACGGGCUUUGCACGUGCUCAAAAGCCUUGGGCCAAACGGCUUAAAAAGCUGGAUAAAGCCAGGAGAGCGUACCACAAGGUGAGCCGUAAGGAGCAGGCGGCCAGGGAGCGAGAGGAACACGCUCAGGGAAACCCGGACGUUGCCAUCGAGAAACAGAAGAAGAUCCAGGAGGAGAGAGAGCUGGCUCAGCAGGAGGCAGAGAAGGUUCGUGCCCGCUAUGAGAAAGUCCUGGAGGAGGUGAACCGCUACGCUCCUCGCUACAUGGAGGAGAUGGAGUCCAUCUUUGACCAGUCGCAGGAAGAAGAGCGUAAAAGGAUUCUCUUCCUUAAACAGGCUUUCCUCUCCAUCCACAAACACCUGGACAUUACCAACAAUGAGAGUGUGAGGGGCGUGUAUAACGAGAUCCACAACACACUGAUGGCCAUCGACGAGCAGGAGGACCUUCGCUGGUGGAAAAACACCCACGGGCCCGGCAUGCCCACCGACUGGCCUCACUUUCAGGAAUGGACGCCCGAAAAGAAAGCCAAAAAAGGGAAGAAAGAAGUCGAACAGAAAGCAACGAUAGAGAGAAGUGGGAUGAUCGGAGGAGUGAAAGUAAGAGCUCUGUAUGAUUAUGUUGGCCAGGAGACGGACGAACUUUCCUUUAAAGCAGGUGAGGAGUUCUUGAAGGUGGAGGAUGAGGACGACCAGGGUUGGUGUCGGGGGAUGAAGGACGGCGGCUGGGAGGGGCUUUACCCAGCCAACUAUGUGGAGGUGGUGUAGUUACGGCAUGUUAGACUGAAACAUGAAAGAUCUUAUCGAUUCACACGCUAUAUUUCACUGUGGGAGUCACAAAUAUGUUUUAAAAGUAUGAAAAACAUUUUAAAAAACAACAACACCAAUGCUGUAAAGAACAACACCAAGUAGCUGUUAG